AUGUUCAAAAAGUUUUUGUAUUCGUUUGAGAUGCUCCGAAGUGCCAUCCAAUUAGGAAGAGUUGUCUCGGUGACAGCAGCACGAAAGUCAAGCGCUUUUGCCUUUAACAGAUUUUUGUGUCCAUCCUCAAGCCGUUUGUUGGCACCAACAUUGAAGACAACGUCUCAAGUUCGCUCACUUUCUGCAGCGCAACCAUUGACUUUAAAAACAGUCGAAGAUAGAACUAUUCUCGUGCUUUCACUCUACGAUAAAAUCGAUCCAAAGAAAUUAACGAUGGAUUCGAGCUUUUCAAAAGAUCUUGGUCUCGAUUCGCUUGAUCAAGUGGAAGUUGUCAUGGCUUUAGAGGACGAGUUUGGGUUCGAAAUUCCCGAUGGUGAUGCGGAUGGUUUCAAGACCCCAAGGGACAUCGUCAAGUACAUUUGCGAUAGAAAAGAUGUUUUCGAA